AAUCAAAUCAAACCACGGUUCAGAGGUGGUUUUGGGACGGGGUUCCACAUCACAUUUUCUGUUCAAUAUUUUGGCCGUUGGUUUGUAACUUGUAGAGCUGGCGAACAACUGAAGUAUUCUUUCAUUGUUGUUUGUUGUCACUCUAGUCAGAGUGUGUCUGGUAUGAUUUUGUGUGCAUGAGAAAUGACAGACAGUAUUGACUCGGAGAAUUCUUCAGCACAUUCAUUGAAUAGUGGCAGUGACUGCAAAGAAGUUCACUGCCUACAGCAACAGAAUGUUGCAAAAAUCAGUAGAGGUGAAUUGGAGGAUUUGUAUUAUCAACUGCAUGAUGAAAAUAUUGAAAUUAAGAAGAAGUUCAAUUCUUUGGACAACAAGUACAAGAUAAUGGCUACCAGAGUUAUGCGUCUCUCAAGAGAGCACAAGUGUGUUGAGUCCAUAGAUAGGGAGGAGGACCAGAGACAACUGCAGCAACUCAGGCAGAAUGAAACUGCUUUGAAUGCUAAGUUAACUGUGUUAAGAGGACAGCUAGCCUCUCACACUCGACUACAUUCAGCAGCCCUAUCUAAAGUACAGCGCCCAAGACCCCACCGCUGUAGUCGCAUUUGUCAUUCAGGCCGUGGCAAUUGUGGGAAAGAUGAUGAUUCUAUUCUGGCAAUUAGUCGUCCAGGAAGUCAAAGUAGAGGUCAAAGUCGACAACGUAGUUCUAGUCUAACUGGUAGUCAACAAGGUGCACCUAAAGACCAACAUGGUUUGGCAAAAACCAAUGCUGGCUUACAAGAUGAAAUCACCCGCCUUCAAAACAAAAUCAGUACACUGCAGAGAGAUAUGUUACUUGCUAGUGAAAAAAGUAACACUCGUAUUUGUGAGCUAGAAACUGAGCUUGCCAAACAUUUAGAUAAGGAUACUGCCGAAAAUGUUGAGUUAAUUAAGGCUCGACGAUUAAGUAAACAGCAUGAAACAGCUUUAAUUUCUCUUCAACAAGAGCAACAAAUGACUCAAAGAGAGCUACAAGCAUGCAAAGCAGCUCUCACUCUUGCUGCUCGGGACCAAGAUGAACUGUGCUCAACUUUGAUGAAGGAAAGACAAAAAAACACAGACCUACACCAAGAAAAUGUGAAGCUCUCCCAAACAUGCUCCUCUAUUCGUGAUCUUGAGGAACAACUCAAAGAUGCUAAGAAAGAAAAUGCAGUCCUCAAAGAGCAUAGUAAUCGUCUCCUUCAGCUCAAGACUGGAACUGCAGAUGCUCGGAGCAGUCCAAGGAGUAAUUUCAAUGAAGUACAUGUAGUAGCUCAAACCGCCAGUGAAAAUCUAUCUAUCAUGCCGGAUAAUAAUGAUUCAAAACAGAAAUUGGCCAGCCUAAAACAAGAAGAAUUGAAUCUGCAACAAGAGAUUAAGGAGAUUCAAGAUGAAAUAUCAGUCCUAAACAAAAAACUACUUCAAGCUAAGGAUGAACGAAAUAACUUAAAUGAGGAACAUGCCAAAGUAUUACGUGAAUGCUUAAAGUUACGCACAGAACUGAUUGAACCACAGGAAGAGAGGAAAAGACUAUUCCAACAGUUGUCAGAUAUACGUAAUGAAUCUGCCUGUCUUGUUGAAGACUUAUCAAAGAGCAAGUCUAAACUAGAGCAGCAGAAAAAAGAUCAACAAGAUCUUCUACUUGCUCUCCAGGAACAAAGAGCAACCAAUGCAUUGGAGAAAGAUGAAUCAAUUGAGAGGACUGGUCUCAACUACUCUCACCCUCUUGCAUCUAUUGCAAAUCGCCAACUUUUUCAUGCACCUCAGCUAUCAUCUGGUUCUGGUUAUUUUCUGUCUCCACCUCAGUCCCAUUCACAUCCAUGCACUCCUCGGCCAAGGCCGCGAGCUGGUGAUGCAUGCUUGGCGCUGUUGGAACAAACUGCCAUCAGGCCAUCUUCAAGUUCUUUUCAUGGAGUGUUAGGAUCACAUGGUUCACUCCAGGAAAGGUUCCUUGAGUUGUGCAUUCCAAACGGUCCCAUAUCUUCCUCUCUAACACCUGUGCAACCAGUGUCAACUGAAGAGGGAGGAAACUCUUCUAAGAUUGCUUCAAAUUUGCCUGUAUCUGAAGAUAAACAUGAAUCUCAAAGUAUACCUGUAUCUCCAAAGAUAAGAAGCAGUUCCUAUUCUCAUCAACACAAUGGACAGACUGAUACUCAGCGGGAACUUGACAAGUGUCGAGAAGUGCUUAGGGUGCAGUUUAACUUAAACUCGAUUUACAAGAAGGAGGUUGCCAGCUUAAGUAAUAUUGUCCAAUCUCUCACAUCAGGCACACGGACCCAGGAUGAUAGUUGUAAGUAAUUACAUGUACUAAUCUUUAUUCUUAAAAAUCUAGUCAUCAAAGUCAUGCAGAACACUAGCAUUUCUUACUUUGUGUCAGUAUUGUGACAGCACAUAUUAAUAAUACAAAAAAUAUCACAUCAAGGCAGGGAAACUUGUUCAGACUGUGUUGAUGUUUCUCAUCCGAUAAACAAAAGGUGUGCAAUUUUAUGCAGACUGACUCUCUUUAAAUUAUCUACUACCUCACUUUUAAAGACUAUGCUUCAUCAUACAUAUUUAAAUUAUUCAAAAAAAGACGACAUAAAAUUGAAAAUAAUUAUUUUUAGAAGUUGUAAGAAAAGCACGGUUUGGGGCUUAUGGCACACAUUGACAUCAGUCUAUCCUUGUUACAAUUUUAUUUCUGCAGAUUUGAUCAAAGUCUUGCUUUAUGUAUAACCUAUCCGUGUAACCCAUUAUAUUUUAUAGUUUUCAUUUUCUAAUCUUAAAGGCCAUCAGAUUUAAUCUGAUAAGGUAAUAGUUCUGAAUCUGACAUUUACUGAGUGAGCACACAUUGGCUUAGUGAUUUUUGUUGUUGUGUUUUUUGUUUUUUUUGUGUGUGUGUGCGCAUUAACUGAAUAAAUGUUGGAAUUUUGCAA